UAAAUUCCAUUAGCGUCGACUUGGCUUUUAAGUCAGAGACGAAAGGGUUUUUUUUAUAUUUUUCUACAACAUGUGUUUAGACGAAAUUCGAAAUUUUGACGUUGGAUGGCGACCCCUUCUGAAGAGACGGUUCAUUCACUGGCGUAUUGGCAAUUUUUGGCUGGCGGGUUGUCGGGCUUCAUCGAGAUUAUCUGCUUUCAUCCCCUCGAUGUGGUUAAGACCCGGAUGCAGAUACAGGGUGCCCAUCCAUUUGGCGGCGAGGUUGUUUACACCUGUCCUCUGGAUGCCAUCGUCAAAAUAUAUCGCUACGAGGGGUUGUUUUCCCUUUGGAAAGGUAUUGUGCCCCCGAUCUGCGUGGAAACUCCAAAGAGGGGCGGAAAGUUUUUGAUGUACGAGAGCUUAAAGCCGUACUUCCAGUUUGGAGCCCCUAAACCAACUCCGCUGACCCACGCCAUGGCCGGUUCGAUGGCCGCAAUUCUGGAGUCCUUUAUCGUCAAUCCCUUUGAGGUAGUCAAGAUCACUCAGCAGGCUCAUCGGGAGAAGCACCUGAAAACACUGUCGGUCGUUAAGUACAUCAUCAAGCAUGAUGGCUAUGGCAUCAAGGGGUUGUAUCGGGGUAUCACUGCACUAGUGGCUCGAAAUGCCGUCUUUCACUUUGGAUUCUUUGGUUUUUACAAUGCGCUCAAAGACAUUGUUCCAAGCCCGGAGGAUAAGACAUAUAACAUUCUGCGAAAGAUCAUCAUAGCUGGGUUAGCCAGUUCCCUGGCUUGCGUGAUGAGUGUUACGUUGGAUAUGGCCAAGUGCAGGAUUCAAGGACCCCAGCCAGUGAAGGGCAAGGUGAAGUACCAGUGGACCAUAAGCACGAUUAAAACAACCUUCAAGGAGGAGGGUUUUCGAUCGUUGUUCAAGGGUCUGGGGGCGAUGAUCCUGCGUGUCGGCCCUGGUGGGGCCAUGCUCCUGGUGACCUACGAGUAUUUAUUUGAGUUCCUGAAAAGCCAAAAUAUUUGAUGUAUAUUUUUUUAACAAGCUUUAUCUAAAUCAACCUAAUAUCACUUUCCCAAAACAAACCAUUGAUAGCUCUAAAUUAACUGUUAUUA